GGCAAACUUCAGAAGCCAACUUUGACUUGUUUGGUUUUUUUUCGUGUGUGUUGCAAAGUGGAAGUAAAAUUGCAAAAUCCAUUGGAAAUUUCCAGCCUCCGCCUGUAAAAGAACUCGCAAACACUUGAGGAAGUCCCACGGCAGAAGAAUGUCCGCCACAACGCAGCAAUUCUUCCUGCGAUGGAAUAACUACGUGAAUCAUCUGACCUACGCCUUUGACUCCCUGCGCACACAGGAGGAUCUUGUGGAUGUGACGCUGAGUUGCGAAGGGCGCAAAAUUCGUGCUCACAAAGUCAUCCUGUCGGCAUGCAGUACGUACUUCCGGGAGGUAUUUCAGGAGAAUCCCUGUCAGCAUCCCGUGAUUGUCUUCAAGAAUGUCCGCUACGAAGAUCUCACGGCCAUCAUUGAGUUCAUCUAUCAGGGUGAAGUGAAUGUCGUGCAGGAAUCCCUGCCGUCGUUCUUGCACACAGCUGAACUCCUGUCAGUUCAGGGACUCACAGAGGGGGCAGCUGGAGGUGAGAAGGAGGAACGUGAGGCACCCGUGGCAAAGUCCUACGUGACCACCCCGGUGACAAAAGUACAAACACCCAUCGUGACGCGCAUGGUGGCAACGUCCGGAAGUAGCCGGGAAGUGGCACGGCUACCACCGAAGAGCACCACCCUCACCACCGUCACCACCGAAGCCCCAUCGGCCAAGAGGAAGCGCUUCUACAUCGAUUCAGACGACAACAUUGCCAUUGAGGGCAUAAACUUUGUCAAACAGAGCCCCGAUACGAUCACCAUUGAGAAUGCCAAUGUGGAGUUUACGCCCAUGAAGAUUGACAUCCCCGACUACAUUGACAUCUCAACAGCUGCAGAUGAGGAGAAUGCCGGUGUAGCUGAGGAAGUCCUAAUGGAUGAACGUACAGACGAUACAACUGGUGGCAUUGAAGACGAAGGUGGGGAGUCCCAGGAGGAUCAGGAUUUAACAGAAACAGACACAACACCACAGAUUCUUGCCGUAAGAUCCGGAUCGGAGGAUGUGGAACAAACAUACAGAGUUGAGGCUGUGGAUUCAUCGGACAUUUCAACGGAUUUCAAUCAGAGCAAAUACAGUGGGGACUCAUCAAAGCCAGAUGAAAAGUCCCUUCAGCAAGAUGCCCAACUGCGUUUCCGUUGCAGCAUUUGCUGGAAAGGGUUCAAGCAUCCGAUGUCAUUGACACUACACAGGGAUUUGCAUAGCGGGAAGACCAAGUGUCCAGUUUGCAAGAGAUCAUUCUCACGAAGUUACGAUAUGAGGACACAUUUGAACAAGAUUCACAAGAUAACCCUCAACUUUGAUGCCAAAUUAAACAUUGCUAAAUUCUAAUGAAAUGAAAAAAAUUACGUUGUGCGGGGGCGCACGGCUACAUUACUCAUCGUCUUAUCACCUCAUAUAAUAGCCACUAUCUUGCUGCAUUUUUUGUUGUUUUCUCUCAAUGAGAAAAAAAUAAAGGAGAGAAAACAAUCCUCUCAAUUAGAUUAGAAGAAGUAUUCCCCAAGCAGCAGGUGAUUAGAACACCUCAUAAUGAUUUCUUUUAUUUACAAUGUGAAUUCACAACAAAUUCAUGCACUUUUCAUCAUAAUCUUUAUGCUAUUAUGUAGUUAAUAGAAGUCGUUGAUGUUUUCUUCUUUUUUCCAUUUGAAUCCCAUUUUUUUUAAAUAAUAAAUAAAUUGGAUUUAUUAUAAUGAAGAAUUUUUGUGUAAAAUAAGCAAUAAAAAUAAAACACAGAGUUGUAGAAAUUUUUAGAAA